CGUACAUCGUACCUUCUUGUAAUUAUCGUACAAAUACGAUAAUUAUCGUACGUCUGGCAACACUGGUUUGUCAUCCUGUCAGCAGGCAUCUAGUAGGCGAUUUCGUCUCUUUUUUACCCCAGUUUCGGAUAGGAAAAUGAUGACGUCACGGCAACUUUGGUAUUGAGCUCUUUGGUCUGUCAGGUGCUAUAACCGCGGUUUAACGGUAUAACUAUUUCGGUAGUGGAGAUUUUGUAGCUUUCUGUGUGUACAUUUUCUGACAUCAACGCAUUUUGAAUAUUAGAAAGUUCUCGCGCCUCACACGAUAUGCUAAUACGGUACCGCUAACAAUACGGUAUUUCACAUGGUAUUUUAGAGUUCUCGGACACGAAGACACAUAAAUCCUCUAAUCCGUUAUUCUGUUUACAUUUUGUCAACUGAUUUGAGUGAUUUACCCAACUUUUUUUUGCUUGUUUUCUAACUUUUAUUUAUCCUGAAGAUUCCUGAGUGUGAUUAAUGUUCUCUUGGUGUUUCUUAUGGAGGAAUUAUUAGAAGGUGACUUGGUACCACCGAGCGUUACAGAUCGCAAAUCGCUCCCAAAAUUAUUUCACAAACCGACAUCGUACAGGUUCCAAAAGAAAAAAGCGCGGUUAAGAGAUCACUGAAAUUUCCGAAAGGCCAAAAGCGAAAAGACUUAAAAUAUAUGCAGAAAAGGGGCUUUUAAAAGUAGGAUCAGUAAACUCGGUUCCGUCAUUCGAUCGAUAGCAAUUUGCGAUCAAGUAACUGAAUUUCCCUUCACUCAGCACAGCAUCCUGCCAGUCGAACGGAACGCAGCUGCUGUCAAAUUUCUGACAUAAACAAGUUGUAAUUUUUUAAAAAAUGUCAAUUAACAACUGUCAACUGUCAACUCACAACAAAUUCAAACUUAUUUUUUUUUUAACUACUUUUUUGAAUAACGAUCACCGUUUCCCAACAACAUGCGAUUUGUAUAUUUUUAUGAUCAUCUAAUCUAACAAAAACAUCAAUUUUCGUCCUCGGAUUGAACGAAUAAUGUAAAUAAAAUUCAAAUUUCAAUAACAACUUGUUGAUAAUAUGGAAUCAUGCAAGGACUCGCCUAAGGAGCUAGAUAUACAAAAAAACAACAACCCGAAUUAUUUAUUAGAAGAAAUUGAAUAUACAUCUCCAACAGACCAAGCAAAAAUCCAUGUGGCAUUGCCUGAAGACUCGCCUGAGAAUGAGCCAGAAGAACUGGAAAAUCAAUCUUCAAUAGAUGCUGCAGAAAUCCAUGCAGAACAUGAAGAAAUUGCAGAACUUGCUACAAACUAUCAAAACGCCAUUGGUGGUAUAAACAAUGCUUGCGCGUAUUUAAAUGAAGAAAUCGAACCUCGCUUGAUACAAGGCUCUUCCUCUGCUACCUUAUAUUUAGGAAAGGAAGCCGGCACACUACUUGGGUCGUUGAAAACCAUGAGUGAAAAACUUCUGAAAAAAAACUUCAAUUACGAAGGCAUAGAGAGAAAUCUUGGAAAAGCUAGAUUUGAUAUGUCAAGACGCUCACAACAGCUAGAGAGUUUGACUGCAAUCCUGGAACAUAAUUUGGAGAGUCUGCAAUCUGUUAUGGAGUAUUGCUCAAGGGAUUCCGAGGAAUCUGUUGAAAGAAUACAAACACCACAGAAAAAUUACUCUACUAACACAGCUUCAGAUAUAUCAAGCUUUAAGUCCACAGACAUUGUUACUUCUUCACCAUUCAAUUCGUUUGACCGAAUUGAUGAGGGACCCUACUAGAAGUGAUUCUUCAGUUAUUGUUGAUUAGUGGCAUUAAUAUUGGUGAGAACACUUACUAAACUGAUUUUUUUUAAAAAUCUCAUUAUGGUGUAAGUGAAUAAAUUUUUUUAUUUUCUUAUAA